UCAACAAGUGAAAAAAGCUAAAAAAUAGAAGUAAAAAUCCUCCAAGUUUCACAGCACCAGAAACAGAAAAGUCAAGUGUCCAAAAAAUACAGUUUUUCUUGAGAAACUAGAAGAAAAAAUGUCCAAGAAAAGGCUAAACUUACAUAUAGUCAACAGAGCUACUCCAACAUGCAGCCGCCCAGAGCAGCGCAGUUCUGGGGGGGAAAACAAAAAUAAUGAUAAUAAUGGUCAGGAGAACGGAAUCUGCCAGCAUCAGCUUCCUUUGAUGAUGUCAUAAAGGAGAGUGCAGUCCUAUAUAAAGGGCAAACAUAAAGCAGGCACACAGACAGCUUCAUUUGCAGCCUGGUUUUAGACCUGAGCAGACCUACAAUGGCUACUGGUGGACCACACGAGGGAAACAUGGAGGUAUUUUCAGACAUUUAUAAAGCUGAAUUAGACCAAAGGAAUGAGCUUUUACAAAGAGAAUUACGAGAUCUGGAAGUCAAAAAACUAGUUUUUGGUAACCAGGAACGCGACUUUGAACAAAGGGUGGAUGCGUUUGAGAAAAACAUAGCUCGCAUCAGGGAAAGUCUCCAAGAGGAAAGACAGAAAUUGGAAACAAAAACGCAGUAUCUGGAGAAAAGAGAACGCCACUUUGAGGAUCAACAAAAGAAACUAACGAAUCAUGUUGAUGAACUAAAGACGAACUCUCAGAAAGGAAGAGAUAAUUUAGUUUCAACUCAGUUACUCGACGAACACAGAGUAAAGAUUGAGCUGGAAAACAGGGAACUGCAGAAACAAAGACAAGAAAUUCAAGAUGAGUGGAAUAAAAUUAAAGAAACUCAAAUUGCAAAUUGUGAGAUAGCCAAAAACUUGAAUAAGACACAAGAGAAAGUUGGAGACUUAUGGAAAGCUUUACAGGUAAGCAAAGAGAGAUCAAGAGAAGAAAUUAAUAACUUGAAAAGAGAUCUGGAAAGACAGAAAUUAGAGUUUAUCGAAUCUAAGAAACAAACAGAAAGGGAGUUAACUGCAGAAAAGCAGACUCUCUGCGAUGAGAAGGAGCGUUUAAACGCUGGGAAAAUUACUCUACAGAACCAGAUCGUUGAGUUUCAGACUGAAUCGGAGCAGAUCAGACAGAUUCUGCUCAAAGACAAACUAGAUGUUCAACUUCUGAGAGAAAAUCUGCAGGAGGACAAAUUGGAUUUUAUGAAAACAGCAGAAGGGUUCCAGAAAGAUUUAAACGAAAGUUUACAGGAUUUGAAGGAGAAGCUGGAAUUUCUGAGUCUUGAGAAGAGAAGUCUGGAGGAAGAAAAACAACGUUUCCUGAUGACCAAAUCAGAAUCAGGGAAGGAACAAGGGAGGAUUUACAAAAUCCUCCAGGAAGAAUUAGACAAUUUGCAUUCGGGAAAACAAAGUCUGGAAACACAAGUGACGGACUUUAGGGAAGAAAUGUUCUCCUGGUCCCCUGUCGCUGAUGUUCUGAACAGCAAAAUUACGGCAAAUACUCUAGAGAAUGAGCUGAAAAAGGAGAGGCACACUUAUCAUCUUACUAAAACUCAGCUAGAAAAUAUCAGCAGUGAGAUUGAGAAGAAGUUUAAGCAAAAUGAGACACGAUUGCAGAAAGAUCUGGAUUGCAUGAAGGAGCUCAGAGAUAAGUUUGAAGCUGACCUUUCUGCUAAACAGCAGCUUGAAUAUUUUGAGGAAAAACCUAAUUUAGAGAUCCAGGCCCAUUCUGAGACAAAGAUUCAGACCAAAGAGAUUGUAGAGAAAUUAAGAGCUGAGAAGGACACUCUUCAGAUACGGGCCGAUAGACAGAUGUCUCUUCUGAAGGAGAACUUUGAUAAAAAAGAGACUGAAUUACAAAACGCCCUGGAGAACAUUAGGGAACUGAAUAACAAAUAUAAUGAUGUCGUUACCAACAAACUUAAAGCAUAUCAUCUGGAACAAGAGCAGACACAAUUUCAAGAAGAUUCAAAUUCUUACGCAACUAGUGUCGCCAGUGACAUCACCAAACGACUGGCUAAAGAAUCUCAGAUGGAGAUUUGGGAAAAACUGGAGGUUCAAGCCGAGGAAAAUCCCGUCGCCUUACUAACUAAGAUGUCUACUCUUUUAAAUCAGAGUCCUCUACAUGAUCCAUCUCAGGUACCUGGUGCCAUUGCAACUCGACUGUCAGUGAUUACUAGUGUGAGUGCAACCAGAAGUCAGAAUUCAUUUUUUUAUGGAAAUCAAAGAAAUAAGCAGUGUCUUCCAAACAGUUUGGUGUUUUUGUCGUUUCUACACGAGAACGAGAACAUUAACAGCUCAGACCUGGACCUAGUUUUGGACAAAGGUGAUCGAAUGUACUCACAAGUUAGGCUCGCCCAUCCAGCUAGAGACCACCUGGCUACAGAUGAGUUACCUACCGAGGUCAAAGCUCGGUUUACUCUAUAUCAUGUCAAAAUGAACUUUGCAAAUUCCAAAUGUGGGGUAUUUUUGUCAGGCAACCUUCCCAACUUGUCACAGGGAUUACAGUGUUUGACCUCAGAUGUUGAGUAUGCGCUAAUGGUUAUGGGCAGCACCUGCAUUGCUAUAUUCAGAACUCAAUCAGGUGAAUUUGGUUACUUUGAUCCACAUCCCCGCAACACCUACGGUGACCCUGUAGGCGACUGUGCCGUCAUGUUAAAGUUCACGUGUUUAACUGACAUGAUUGAUAGAAUCACGUCUGUAUACACCACAAUUGGUGUAUCGCCAUCUGACUACUAUGAAAUCCAGCCAGUGGAGUUUUAGAGUUUAGACCUAGUUAGUCUGAUACAUAGCACAUCAGACAUCAGAGACAAAACUGCUGCAGUUGGGUUAUACCCACGGCAAGAGAACAUUAGAUUAGUAACAAGUGAGAUACCUAGUUAACUAAUUCAAUCAGUCACACAGGAUCCUUAAAGAGCAAAAUUGUAAGUUAGAGACUCCCAUGAACCAACGUUUAGAUAAAUAUAAUAGAAACUCAUUUAAAACAUUUUUUUACACAUAUACAAAUUAUUGUCAAACCAAGUGACGUCAGCUGAGGGACUCCUGUUAGCUUAAUCCAGAGAAAAAUAUAGACUCUAAUUCCGGCUCUGGCACAGAUGAAACUUUAAAUGUUAAUAAUCAUACUUAUGAUGGACCAAAACCAUAAAUCAAAUCAAAUCAACUUUAUUUAUAUAGCACUUUUCAUACAAAAAAAUGCAACUCAAAGUGCUUCACAGAUUAAAAUGGCCUCAUAGAUCCCAUAUUCCACCGGCUACAGAAGUAGGGACACAUCAUAAAGCUCAGUGAGCUCAGUCAGGAGCAGUCAGAUCAGAUCUCUCUUACCAGACAGGUGAACAUUAGAAACAGACUUCUCAUAUAUUUGUUUCUUGGAUUCAUAGAAGGAAUUUAUAAACUAAGUUAACAAACUCAGAUUUAAACAACCUUGUAGUUCUGCAUCAAGAUCUUAAAAUGACAACACAGUUUUCGACAAUACAUGGAGUGCAUUUGGACCAACAUAAAACUUUGGGAUUUGUGGCUUUCCUCAAGGAUGUUGACAAAAUGCGUGAAAGCCAAUUAUCUGAUAUACAAAAACAGACAAGAUAUUUUAAACAGAAGUUUGAGAAAGAACAAACUGGUCGAUCGGAGACCAGAAAGAAAAAUCAGCGGCAUUUUCACAGAAUCAAAGCAGGAAUGGACUUCCCCAGGGCUUCAAGUCAGAAUAAGAAAACUCAAGCCAACGUGACCACAACGGACUCCCGACCAGACCAUUUUAAAAAGGAGUUUGAGAUGGAAAAAAGACUGAAUUACAAAACGCUCUGGAGAACGUUAGGGAACUGAACAACUAAUAUAAUGAUGUCGUUACCACCAAACUUAAAGCAGAUAAUCUGGAACAAGAGCAGAAAAAGGAAAUGACGGCUCACCCAC